GCUGUGGUUAUCCCCACCCCCCAUAUCAGUGAGAAGUUGUCCUUGGAGAAGACCCUCCAGGCUGUGGAGCAGGAACUGGAAGAGGUGCGACAAGAGAAGGAGAAACUGCAGCUGACUGGCAGAGACCUCCAGCACCAGCGUGAUGCCCUGGAGGAGGAAAGAGAGGACCUCCUGAAGGAUCGGGAACGUGCCUGGAAGGAAGUGGAACAGAGCCGCAAGCAGCUGGAGCACCUGGAGGCCACCAAGUCCAGCCUGAAGAACGAGCUGGUGCUGACGAAGGAAGCCCUCAGCCAGGCCACUCUGGAGAAGGAGGUGUUGGAAGAGGAGAAGGCCAAAGCAGCCAGAGCUCUGGCCAAGAACGAGGGGAGCCGGGCCGAGCUGGAAGUUGCUCUGAACCGGCUGAAGGCCGAGGAGGCCUCCCUGCGCGAUUCCCUGGCCAAAAUGAGCGCCCUCAACAAAGGGCUGGCGCAAGACAAAACGGAGCUGAACCAGAUCCUCGUCCAGCUGGAGGAGGAGAAGGCUUGUCUGCUGAGCAGGAAGCAGGAGGCGGAGCUGGAGAAGGCCUGCAUCCAGGAUGACCUGGCCCGCUUGGUGCAGGAGAAGCUGGAGGUCGACUCGGAGCGCCGAGGCCUGGGCCAUUCCCUGCAGGCGGUGGAGCAGAGCCAGGAGGCCCUGGAGCAGGAGCUGCUGGCCCUGCAGGAGAAGAAAGGGCAGCUCCAGGAACAGCUGGAGCAGUUGUCCCGCCAAAGGAACGCAGCCGGCAAGGAGCUGGGUCAGGUGUCUCAAGAGCUGGAGCGCCAGAAGGAGUCUGCGCUCCGGGUGGCCCAGGAGAAGGAGACGCUGAUGAAGGAGAAGGCUGGGCUGAUGGUGCAGGUGGCCGCCUUGGAGCGAGAGAACCAUGGCCUGCUGGAGGAGCUUGCUGGCCUCAGGUCUGGGAAGGACUCCCUGGAAGCUUCGCUCUUUGAGACCCAGCAAAGGCUGGCCCACCUGGACACCCGGAGGGAGCAGCUGGAAGCGGGCAGCCAGAGCUUGAUUCUGGCCAAGGAGGCCUUGCAAGCGGAGCUUGCAAACGUUCGCAAGCAGAUGGAGACGGAGGUGAGCCGCCUGGAGAGGGACAAGGAGCUCGUGGCCCAGAACCGUGCUCUGGCGGAGCAGGAGGCCCAGGCCACCCGGAGGAACAUGCAGGCUGCCCAGGCAGAGGUCGAGCGACUCCAGCGGGAGAAGGAGGCGCUGCGGCAGGAGCAGGAGGCCGAGCGGCACCAGCUGAGGCAACAACUGAGGCAGGAGUGGGAGGAUCUGCUGGCCCAGCACGAGGCCGAGAAGGAGGAGCUGAGCGUGGAGGUGUCGGCGCUGCAGCGGGAGAGGGACGAGGACCUCCUGCUGGCGGAGAGCGAGAAGCAGCAG